ACCCGAUCCAGGUUUUGGCCAAGUAAGAUAUUGCGCUGCCGGUGGCUCCGAGUUCAGUCUCAUUCAGCGAGUCGGCGGGCGUUGAGUUUGAGUGCGAAGUGCGGUGCGCGUCGAGUCAGCGAGCGUUGAGCAGCACCAGCAGCAGCAACAACACGACGCAACAGCAACAGCAGCAACAUCAGCAGCAGCAACAGCAGCACCAACAGCAGCAACAUCAGCAGCAACUGCAGCAGCAACAGCAACUUGCAACAGCAGCGGCAGCAAUACAAGCGAGCGGUUCCGGUGCGCGUUUUCGAGUGGCGUUUCGAAAAAAGUUCACAAAUAAUCGCAUCGAAAAAACCGUCGGUGAAACAGAGAGCUCACACAAAAUGCCGCCUGUUCACUGAGAGAAAAAACAAAUAUAGAGCAAACACCAAUUGCAUUGCUGGCGUUUUAGAAUUUUUAGAAUUGGAAGCGUGGCAUGGCAACCAGCACCUCACCGGGGCCCACAAGGACAACAGCAGCCAUCAAAGUCGCCCUGCCAGGAGCAGAAGCAGCAUCCGCAAUACCCGGCACCCCCUCCGCGUCCCAAUCCCCGGGCGCAAUCAUGCCUAUGGCCGCCGUGCCAUUGCCGUCGCAUCUGCAACUGCUGGGCAGUUCCGCCGGAGGCGUCGGCCAGCCGGCGGCAAUCACGCCCGUUUCGCCCACGGCAGCCACCACAGUUCUCGCCCAGCCGCACAGCCUGAGCCCCUCCACGCCCAUCCUGACCCAGGGAGCACCGCCCUCUCCGGCGUUGGGCAGCAUCUUCUGCGGAGGCAGUGCAGCAGCGGGACCAGGAGCAGCAGCAGCCGCAGCGGCGGCCACCAAUCUCAACGCCCUGGCCUCGCAGCAUCGACUGCUGGAGCUGUCGCGCUUUGGACUGCGAGGAUAUGAUCUGGCCCAGCAUAUGCUGUCCCAACAGGGAGCCGUCUCCAAGUUGCUGGGCACCCUGCGACCACCUGGCCUAAUUGGCGGCUCCAAGCCGAAGGUGGCCACCCCGACGGUCGUCUCCAAGAUCGAGCAGUACAAGCGCGAGAAUCCGACGAUCUUCGCAUGGGAAAUCCGCGAGCGACUGAUCACCGAAGGCGUCUGCACCAAUGCCACGGCUCCCUCGGUGAGCAGCAUCAAUCGCAUAUUGCGGAAUCGAGCGGCGGAACGGGCAGCUGCGGAAUUUGCCCGGGCUGCGAGUUACGGCUAUGCCAUCCAUCCCACGCACCCGCAUCCGUACACCAGUUUCCCCACCUGGCCGGCGCAUCAUCCGCUGUGGGGAGCCGUGCCCCUGGCCACGCCACCUGCUGCACCUUCUGCACCUGGUGCUCCACUGCAGCCGGGCGGCAGUGGGAGCAGCUAUGGCAGCGAUGGCAACAUGAGCUCAAAUCCCAACAGCAGCAACAGCAACACCAACCACAGCAAUGGCCACCACACCAACAGUGGCAGUGCCUGCGGAGAGAGUAGUGCCGGAAGUGGACGCCUCUCGCUGCCGGCACUGUCGCCGGACUCCGGGAGUCGGGAUAGCCGCUCCCCGGACGCAGAUGCCAACCGGAUGAUAGACAUCGAGGGCGAGGACAGCGAGUCGCAGGACAGUGACCAGCCCAAGUUCCGGCGGAACAGGACCACCUUCAGUCCGGAGCAGCUGGACGAGCUGGAGAAGGAGUUCGACAAGUCGCACUAUCCCUGUGUGAACACCCGCGAGAAACUGGCCGCACGGACGGCGCUGAGCGAAGCCAGGGUGCAGGUUUGGUUUUCCAACAGACGAGCGAAAUGGCGGCGCCACCAGCGGGUCAACUUGCUCAAGCAGCGCGACUCGCCCUCGACAUCGAGCUCACCCACGCCGGUGGUCAGUCCAGUGGCCACGACCACGGCUCCGGCUCCGGCUCCGGUCCCAGUUACAGUUCCAGUUCCAAUUCCGGUUGCAGAGUCUGGCCAGCAGAAGCAGCCAUAUCCAUACAGCCAGCACCACGGCAGCAGCAGCAGCAGCAGCAUGUGCAACACCAGCAGCAGCCACACUUGCAACACCACGAGCUGCAACACCACCACCUCCAGCAGCAGCAGCAGCAGCAUCCAUCACCACCACAUGGAAGAGUCAGCAGCCGCGGUGGUGGCCACUGCCUCACCCACAGCAUCAGCUCCAUUAUCAAUGGGCGGUGAGAACAGCGCAUUUCGAGCCCUGCCCAUGACCUUGCCGAUGCCCUUGACCUUGCCCACGGCAUCGGCGGCGGCCUUCGCCCUCAGUUUCGCCCGCCAGUACAUAGCCAAGUACAUGGGCACGCCCAUUAAUCUGGGCCAUGGUUCCACAUCGAGCCAGGCCCACGCUGGACGGGAUUAUCAGUCGGAGGAGGCGGAUGGGGAGGGGGAGGAUGCUGAGGAUGUGGAGGAUGUGGAGGAGGUAAUCAACGUGGAGCACGACGCCGAGUGACCAUUUCAUUCCUAUCGCUUUAAAUCGAGAAUAUAGUGCAAUUUUUUACAUAAUUUAUUCAGUUUCUAUCACUACAAGCAACUUCUAACCGCGUGCUGAGUACAAAUAAAAUCGAAACGAUACGA